AUGAUGGCUAUGAACGGCAAGCAACACUUCACCAUGCACCCGGCGCUGCAGGAACCCAAGUAUUCGAGCCUGCACGCGACAUCCGAGGGCAUGCGUCGAGUUUGCCUACCUGCCCCGCAGCUCCAGGGCAAUAUAUUCGGUGGCUUUGAUGAGAGUCUGCUGGCCCGCGCGGAAGCUCUGGCGGCUGCUGACAUUGUCUCGCACGGAAAAAGUCACCCUUUCAAGCCGGACGUGACCUACCAUACGAUGAGCAGUGUCCCUUGCACGUCUACAGCCUCCACCGUACCCAUAUCCCACCCCUCCAACCUCACCUCGCACCAUCACCUCAACCAGACCUUGGAGGGAGACCUGCUCGACCACAUAUCGUCAGUAAGUUUGUCCGUUAGCGGGAUGGGGGCACCGCCAGACCCGUCGGUGAUGACAACGCAAGCCCAUCAACACCACCUCCAAACGAUGGGCCAUCUCCACCAAGCCAUGGCCAUGGGACACCCACAUACCCUGUCAGUACACAACGGAAUGGCCUGCGUCAACGAUGUAGAGUCUGAUCCCAGGGAGCUAGAGGCGUUCGCAGAGAGAUUCAAACAAAGAAGGAUAAAGCUCGGGGUGACCCAGGCGGACGUGGGAUCUGCCCUUGCCAACCUUAAAAUACCAGGAGUGGGUUCUCUCAGUCAGAGCACCAUUUGCAGGUUCGAGUCAUUAACGCUUUCGCACAAUAAUAUGAUCGCUCUCAAACCUGUCCUCCAAGCUUGGCUGGAAGAGGCUGAAGCGGCUUACCGGGAGAAAAACAGCAAACCAGACCUUUUUAGUGGCAACGAGAGGAAACGAAAACGCACGUCAAUUGCAGCGCCAGAGAAGCGAUCUUUGGAAGCCUACUUCGCCAUCCAGCCCCGUCCGUCUUCGGAAAAAAUAGCAGCCAUCGCCGAGAAGCUGGAUCUAAAAAAGAAUGUGGUUCGGGUUUGGUUCUGCAAUCAGCGACAAAAACAAAAAAGAAUGAAAUAUUCCGCGACUCACUAG